AUGGAUUCAAGGAAUCUUCCUACUCAGUCAUCUAGUUAUGUAGGACUUCUUAACAGUCAACAAGGAAAUGUUCUCCAUGAAAACUUUCCUUAUGAAAGUUAUCAUUCUAGUGUUCACUUUCCUCCUUUCAGUUCACAACAAUCUGAAGUUCCACCUCUAUCUGAAGACACACCAGUUGACCGCAAGGAGAGAAGAAAAUGGAGCCCAGCUGAUGACGAGGUUCUAAUCAGUGCGUGGCUAAACACUUCAAAGGAUGCUGUUGUUGGGAAUGAACAAAACAAAGGGACCUUCUGGAAGCGAGUUGGAGAAUAUUAUGCAGCAAGUCCUCAUGGUAGAGAGGAUGGUGAAAAGAGAGAGCAUCUUCAUUGUAAGCAGAGGUGGCACAAAAUCAAUGAUCUGACUAACAAGUUCUGUGGCGCAUUUGCGGCAGCAGAGCGACAAAUUAGCAGUGGUCAGAAUGACACUGACGUUCUCAAGAUGGCUCAUGACAUCUUCUACUCUGAUCACAACAUCAAGUUUAACCUUGAGCAUGUGUGGUGUGUGUUGAGGUUUGAACAGAAAUGGCUUAGCCUUAACACUCCUAAAGCCAGUGGCUGUUCAAAGAGGAAAAAUGGUGAGACAGGUGUCAAGGCUGCUAAAUCUAAAAGGAAUACUGCUAAAGAGAAGUCUCUUGCUGAGUAUACGAGUAUAUGGGAAAUGAAGAAGGAGGAUUUGGCGAUGAAGGAGAGACUGUCAAAGCUCGCCAUACUAGACACUCUCCUAGCCAAGAAAGAACCACUAAGUGAGGCUGAAGAAGUUGUCAAGAAUAAGCUCCUAGCCCGUACUGUUAAGUUAAAGAUGGGACAUGACUAUAGCUAUAGCCAGCCUUCGGAGUCAGAGGAUUAUGGUGGGAACUCAGUCGACAGUGGCUACAGCGAAACGGAAGAUCUUGUUCGCCGGGACCAAGCUGAGAUAAGCUACAAUGCUCGUGCGCGCGUUCAGUACCCUCCGCAAGGGGUGGGCACUUCGGUUUGA